GGGAGGAGAGGGGAUUGGGUGCUCUACACUGAAAGGAAAAAAGCAAUUGAGGCUGUGAAGCAGAGAGACACAGAGCAGGAGCUCAGCACUGCAAUCAGUCUGCACUCACUGCAUUACAAGGCACUCACACUAGCUGAGUGCACUCACAUUGCUCUGGAUUGUGGCUGUGGAUGGUGUGUGAAGGGCUCUGUCUUCUCCUGGAUUCUGGAUCCCAACAUGGAUUGAAAAAGUUCUGCAGCUAAACUUUGUCUGGGGAUCUGUUACAGUUUGCUGCCUCCCUGCUGCCCUGGGGGCUUGGAUUGGGGGCUUUAUUUAUUAUGGAGUUUGCCUGACCCCAGCCCAUUGGGGAGAUCCACACAUUAAAGGGGUCACAGGGGGAUUGGGGGCUCUCACUAGCUUUUCAGGGAUAUUGCUUGGACCUCUGCGGAUGUUACUGGGAAACAUGAACUUUCUGCUCUCUUGGAUCCACUGGGGCUUGGCCGUUCUGCUGUCUCUCAGUACUGUGCAGGUAAGUGUCCCAUGGAGGGUCUCACUCAGUGAAGGUGACAGAGGUUGAUGUCCCACUCAGUGAGUGUGGCUGAGGUUAAUGUCCCCAUUGGGGGUCCCACUCAGUGAGUGUGGCUGAGGUUAAUGUACCCAUUGGGGGUCCCAUUCAGUGAGUGUGGCUGAGGUUAAUGUACCCAUUGGGGGUCCCACUCAGUGAGUGUGGCUGGGAUUGAUGUCCCCAUUGGGGGUCCCAUUCAGUGAGUGUGGCUGAGGUUAAUGUCCCCAUUGGGGGUCCCACUCAGUGAGUGUGGCUGGGGUUGAUGUCCCCAUUGGGGGUCCCAUUCAGUGAGUGUGGCUGAGGUUAAUGUCCCCAUUGGGGGUCCCACUCAGUGAGUGUGGCUGGGAUUGAUGUCCCCAUUGGGGGUCCCAUUCAGUGAGUGUGGCUGAGGUUAAUGUCCCCAUUGGGGGUCCCACUCAGUGAAGAUGUGCUAUGGUUGAUAUCCUUGAGGGUUUCACCCAGUAAGUGUGGCUGGGAUUGAUGUCCCAUUGAGGGUUUCACUCAGUGAGUGUGGCUGGGAUUGAUGUCCCAUUGAGGGUUUCACUCAGUGAGUGUGGCUGGGAUUGAUGUCCCAUUGAGGGUUUCACUCAGUAAGUGUGGCUGGGAUUGAUGUCCCAUUGAGGGUUUCACCCAGUGAGUGUGGCUGGGAUUGAUGUCCCAUUGAGGGUUUCACUCAGUGAGUGUGGCUGGGAUUGAUGUCCCAUUGAGGGUUUCACUCAGUGAGUGUGGCUGGGAUUGAUGUCCCAUUGAGGGUUUCACUCAGUGAGUGUGGCUGGGAUUGAUGUCCCAUUGAGGGUUUCACUCAGUGAGUGUGGCUGGGAUUGAUGUCCCAUUGAGGGUUUCACUCAGUAAGUGUGGCUGGGAUUGAUGUCCCAUUGAGGGUUUCACUCAGUAAGUGUGGCUGGGAUUGAUGUCCCAUUGAGGGUUUCACUCAGUGAGUGUGGCUGGGAUUGAUGUCCCAUUGAGGGUUUCACUCAGUAAGUGUGGCUGGGAUUGAUGUCCCAUUGAGGGUUUCACUCAGUAAGUGUGGCUGGGAUUGAUGUCCCAUUGAGGGUUUCACUCAGUAAGUGUGGCUGGGAUUGAUGUCCCAUUGAGGGUUUCACUCAGUGAGUGUGGCUGGGAUUGAUGUCCCAUUGAGGGUUUCACUCAGUGAGUGUGGCUGGGAUUGAUGUCCCAUUGAGGGUUUCACCCAGUAAGUGUGGCUGGUAUUGAUGUCCCAUUGAGGGUUUCACUCAGUGAGUGUGGCUGGGAUUGAUGUCCCAUUGAGGGUUUCACUCAGUAAGUGUGGCUGGGAUUGAUGUCCCAUUGAGGGUUUCACUCAGUAAGUGUGGCUGGGAUUGAUGUCCCAUUGAGGGUUUCACUCAGUAAGUGUGGCUGGGAUUGAUGUCCCAUUGAGGGUUUCACUCAGUGAGUGUGGCUGGGAUUGAUGUCCCAUUGAGGGUUUCACUCAGUAAGUGUGGCUGGGAUUGAUGUCCCAUUGAGGGUUUCACUCAGUAGUGUGGCUGGGAUUGAUGUCCCAUUGAGGGUUUCACUCAGUGAGUGUGGCUGGGAUUGAUGUCCCAUUGAGGGUUUCACUCAGUGAGUGUGGCUGGGAUUGAUGUCCCAUUGAGGGUUUCACUCAGUGAGUGUGGCUGGGAUUGAUGUCCCAUUGAGGGUUUCACUCAGUAAGUGUGGCUGGGAUUGAUGUCCCAUUGGGGGUGUGAUGGGGACUGGUUUUGGGGGGCAUUAGCUGGUUUCUGGAUCCCCUGGAAGUGUGUGUGUGGGUUAGAAUAGGCUGAGGGAUGUACCUAGCCUCAGAGGAUGAGAUGUGUUAAAGUUAGGAGUUCUGGAGCUGUGUAGAAUGGAAUAUUUACUAAGAUUUCACAACCUGUCCAUUUAGUGUGUCUGCCCCCCAGCUCCAUGUAUAGGGUUCCAGAUCUGCACUGGGGGUAUAAUAUUACCCUAAUUACCCCAACCUGCUUUCUGUCUGUUAGUUUUGCUCCUAAAAUAGAUUUAUUAUUCAGAAAUUCAGUUUUAUUUUUCAACUCACUUUUUCUAUUCUAAUUGUGUCAUUUUUCUCCUUGGGAAGGAGGGAUUUUCUUUAACACCUUGUUGCUCUCCGCUCUGACAUCAAUAGACAUUAGAAGUGCUUCUUUAUUUAUUUACAAAGCACCAACCUAGGCUGCAGCGCACGGGUUCUGUUGAUGGGGGGGGUAGGAGGAACCUGAAAUCCCUUACGACAGGGGUCAUUUAAACUGCCUUUAAUUAUCCCAGGUCAUUUCUAAAAAAAUGUCACUCCCGGCCUCCUCCAAAGACAAAGAACAAACAGCUGGGAAUAUCUGUGUUUGCAGGUUUACAGGGGAUUAGACCAACUAAUGAGUCUACACCAGAGAGAGAGAGAAUACAUUGUGACUUUUCUUUCCAUUUAACCCUUUAAUCGCUUGUCCCACGCAGGACGCAUGUGAAGGACGCUUAGAUCAGACUAUUUCUCCUCUGAUAUUCUUAGACAAUGACACUCGGUAAAGCGAGGGAAUACUUCCCAGGAAGGCGAUGAAUCACGGAAAGUCGAGACGUAACUGCGUUGGCUUCUGAAUACCCUACAACACAGCCGACUGCUCUGAAAUGAAGACAGUUUCUGUGUAUUCCUUGUAUCGGCAUUAUUUAGCUCUCCCUCCUAUCCAGCAAAAUCCUCCAAAGUGACAGGCAACCAUUAACACGUGUCUCAAACUUCUGGCCAUUUUUCUGUCUUUGGCAAAGUCCAGUCCCGACCUGAUGGCUUUUCGGAUAUUGCUCCAGGGCGAUGAAACCCUUCUUUCUAUCGGUCAGAGAGAAACGGGCGCGUUAGAUCUUAGAGUAGAACUGUACGCGGCACCAAAAUCCCUUAAAGCUCCGAUUGCCUGCCGGCUGGCCAGCUUAAGACAAUGCAAUAUUGUAGGAUAUGAAAAAAUUAACAGAGACAAGCUAACACCCUAAACUCCGUCUGCUGAUCCUUUUCAAAACUUUAGCUGGAUAAUAUCAAAGGUGGGGAACGUAAAAUGUGUUUCAUAUUCUGCUCUGUUUUGCAACUGAAGACCUGAUGUUCCACCUUCGACCGGCGUAAGGCGGGAAGGACAGAGAAAUAUAUUAAUGCCAGAAAACUUAGUGAAGCAGUUUGGAACACGCUAGCCGUCUACUCUGACAGAUCCUCCCAUUUUAACACUGGUUGGUGGAACUGACACCGAGUUAACCAUUUCUGGGGUACUGUACAUCCGAAAACUCACGCACGCCGCCAGCAGGGACAGACACAGUAUAUAUCAUAUAUAUAUUAUUAGGUGCCGUGUGUGUGUGUGUGUGUAUGUAUGUGUGUAUGUAUGUAUGUAUGUAUGUAUGUAUGUGUAUGUAUGUAUAUAUAUAUACAUAUAUAUAUAUAUAUGGUGCUGUAUGUGUAUGUAUGUAUAUGUGUGUAUGUAUUUAUAUUAUUAGGUGCGGUAUAUAUCAUAUAUAAUAUUGGGUGCUGUAUAUAUCGUAUAUAAUAUUGGGUGCUGUGUGUGUAUAUAUAUAUAAUAUUGGGUGCUGUGUGUGUGUGUAUAUAUAAUAUUGGGUGCGGUAUAUAUCUCAUAUAUAAUAUUGGGUGCUGUGUGUAUAUAUAAUAUUGGGUGCUGUAUAUAUCAUAUAUAAUGUUAGGUGCCAUAUAUAAUAUUAAGUGCUGUAUAUAUUAUAUAAUACUGGGUGCUGUGUAUAUAUAAUAUUAGGUGCCGUAUAUAUCAUAAUUGGAAAGGGUGCAGGUUGUUUCUUUUAUUCAAAAGAAAUCUAAUUUCGCUGAAAAUAAUCAGUCUUAUCCCUCCGGUGCUACGAUGAAUAAAAUUGGUGCAGCACAUGUUCUAUCCAGGUAUCUCGGUAAGCGUGUUGUCAUUUUUUACUUGUUUCUGGAGAUCAGUCAGUAGAUUAAUCAUUGAAACCGGCUCUGAUUCCAGCAUUUCGAGGAGCCGGCAUUGGCCACGCUGGGUGUAACUUCCAUAGAUACAGAGCUAGAACAAGUGAAUGAGGAGAGGUGUGUGUGACCAGACUGCAGAUUGGUCACUCUCCUUCUGAGGGUUACUUAGUCCCUUUUUUUCCUUCUUUUUCCCUGGCUCCCCUUUUCAUGACGCAGAUCAGUAGGCAGGGCUUUUUCAAAAAUCGUCCUGGCUCGCACGUACACUUUUUUCCCAAAUGUAAACCAGCCUUGAGACUGACUAAAGGCCUUUCAAUCUUUUUCAUGUGACUGGCUCAAUCUUCUUUCUUCUUUUUUUUUUUUCCCCCUCCUCUGCACAUUUCCAUUUUUUUUAGAUUUUUGCAGGCCUUCCGUUACACGGACGCCAUCCUUUUCAAUGGCCGAGGCUUGCUGUAGGCCGAGCGAGCUCUGCCGGCCCCAGUCCUGCUGCAGUCUGAGCCUGGCCAGACUCCUUUACUCAAGUGCCCUCGUACACUCAGUCCGAUUUUUCCCAAGUGAACUUAAUUGUCAUUGUAGCCAUUUACUGUGACAAAAACUGCCACUAAUUACGGAAGAAAGGAAGAAAAAAUGUGGGAGGCCGGCAAAACAGAAAAAAUAUACUUAACUCUUUCUUUUCCGUACCUGGUUACAAAAUAAAGUCUUGCAGAAAGAAAAAAAAAGAAAAAAAGUAUAAAAAAAAAAUAAACCUAUUUUACAUAUCCAGGAAAAAUCGCACAGUUUUACCAUUCGGAAUAACAACUUACUAGUCCGGUAUAAAAUGUUAAGAAAUCGAAUCUUCCGGGAAUAGAAUUCUGCUUCUGUUUGCUGCUAUAAAGGGGUUAAUUGUGAGCUUUAUGAAUACUCAUUGACACAGUGCUGUCCACAUUGUUACUGUGCUUUUAUAAUCUCCUUUCCUUUUUGGCGUUUUUAUUAUAAAACACAACCAGUCCCAGCAGAUUACAAUACUCUUUAUAAUAACAGCAUAAACGGGCCAACUAAAGGCCAGUCUGGAUCAGUAAUUUAUUAUCGGGACACUAUGCCUCUCUCUUUUUUUUUGUGUCUGUAUGUCACUAAUUCUGCCUGUCUCUUCUGCUCUUUGUGUAUGUGUGUGGCUCUCUCUCUUUAUUUGUCUUUGUGUCUCUCACUCUGUGACUGUCUUUUGUGUGUGUUUCUCUACAUGUCUCUCUGGCUGUAUUUGUGUGUGUCUCUCUGUAUCUGUGGCUGUCUUUGUCUUUCUCUCUCUGUAUUUCUAUCUGUCUCUGUCUGUGAGUGUCACCUAAAAGUAUGAAUUGCGAAGGAAAUCAAAAUAAGGGAAUUUAAGAUUUUAAGCCAAAAUUCUCAAAUUAUACACAUUUUCCAUGUCAAUGCGCUCUUGCAAUUUGCUAUUGUGGCCUAAAAUGUCAAAUCCACUUUGAAUGCCUGUCAUUAAGUGUCUCUGUGUGUCCCUAUGUCUGUCUCUGUGUGUCCCUGUGUUGGUCUCUGUGUGUCCCUGUGUCAGUCUCUGUGUGUGUGUGUCUCUGUCAGUCUCUGUGUCUGUCUGUGUGUGUGUCUGUGUCGGUCUCUGUGUGUCGGUCCCUGUCUGUGUCUCUGUGUCCCUGUGUUGGUCUCUGUGUCCCUAUGUAUGUAUGUCUGUCUGUGUGUCCCUGUGUCUGCCUGGCCUUGUCUCCUGCUUGUGUUUGGUAUCAGUAAAGGGGUAUGGCUGAGGGAGGAGAAGGCAGGCCAAUAAAAGGAAGAGGGAGCUAUUUUGUAAGGUGGAAAUAUUUAAUGCAGAGGGGGAGGGCAUCUGAAAGCAUAUUGAACAUGUCUGGCGUGACCUUCACAAGGUCAUGUGUUUCUCUCUCUCUCUCUCUCUCUCUCUCUCUCUCUCUCUCUAUAACCUGUUAUUUUUCCUGUAAAAGGACUGCCGAAAGUCACAUGUCUGACAGAGAUGAACCUUCGCAGCAGGGUUAACCCUUUUACUGCCAGUGGUGAAAGAAGAAUUUGUUGUGUUUAGACGUGCGUUUUCUUAUCCUUUGACCUCAGAGAAGUGUCUAAGUUUACCACCCACCAUAGUGUGCAUGCAUCCAGGUUGUAUUCCCGUGUAUUUUUCCACUCUGACGCGUGUUUGGAUUAAGAAUAAUAAAAGUGAAAAUUAAUAUCUGCCAGUUCUAUUUUACCACGCCGAGAUUGAUCUUGUCACUGUAACUGCAGUUCCCAUCAUCCCCUGAAGGCUAAGGAUUGUGUGUGUAGUUGCAUGACCCAGGUGCGGGGAUCCAGGCCUGGUUUUGUAAAUCACUACUUUUUCCAGUAGAAAAUCUGGAGUGGAAGUGCCGGUGUGUGUGAACAAGCUGAACUCUUUGAAAAGUUUAAUAAAAUGUUUGAGAAUUGCUGCAGUUAAUUUUCCGUUCUGUCUGAGGAGUGUUUUCUGCAUGUCACGCGUGUUAUAUGUGUUUUCAUGGUAUUAAAUGGCUGAAGGGGUUAAUGCUGCAGUUCAGAUCAGGGUACAGAACAAUGAGACACGGUGAGCACAGUAAAUCGGCAGCUGCUGAACGGCAUAUAAAGAAUAUAAGUAAAGCUAGCAGGAAAAAUGUUUAACUGCUUGAGAUUCGCGACCGUCGGGACCAGAGACAGAUACGGUGUUAAAGAGAUGGUAUGAUCCAUAUCGUCACUCCAGUGUCUCUUACGUCAGUGCGGACCACAAUCUGUGGCCUCAGUUCUGUACUUACAAUACCAUAAUUAUGUCAUACGUGUGAUAGUGAUUCAAUAUUCCUGCCAGCAUUAAAUCCGCCAAUUAAAGACAGAGCAGGCAAGGAGGACGGGUUUUGCUGCUGGCCUUCCAAUAACCAGACGUGUAUUGGGGUGCCCCCCCUCUCCGUGUAUUUUAUAUGAAGUGCAUGUUGUGGGACGCAUAGAAAGUACUAUCUAUGAUUUGCGCUGACACGUUUCAUGUAAAUGUCCCUCGGAAUUAAAAUGUAUAGUAUUCCGGUGAAGCCCCUCAUUCCUGGUGGGUGUGCUGAUGUUAUGCGUGGAGCCAGGCGAAAACUGGACGGUACGCCCAGAACUGAUUAAAACACUGACUACACGUUUUAGAAGUUAAUGCAGCUUGCUUUCCCUAUCUCAUUAGCUCUGCUGGUGUGUUUAAUGCUGUGAAUGUACUUUUUAUUUAUUUUCCUGCCAACACUUUGCAUAUCAGCCAAGAAGAGGUACUUUCUCUGUAGCAAAUUCCUCCCUGUUUGAUAAUCAGAUUCACGUGUAAUUCUGUGAGCUGGGCGGCUGUGUUGUGUGAGCUCGAUGCCUGCCGUGGAUAAUGUUUGCAUUGUUACUAAGUGUUUCAGCCCACAGAGCUCAAAGAUUCAUCCACUGAAGGGUCAAGUGGCCAAUUAGUUUUCCUGACCGGUCAGUUCUCGGCUUGGUGUGAAAGUUCUCAACUCCUUAACCCUAUAAAUGCCUUCUUUCUCACUUACCUGGCAUCAGAAAUUAAACUGACGUUCCAGUAAAGCUUUGUCAGCCAAACUAAGCCAGGGAAAAGGUCACCGCGCAUAGCUGGGUAGUGCCACAGACAUGACUUGUCAUUCUCUGAGCCUGCCAAAGGGGCUGAAUGUCCCCGCUGAGAAUGGUUGGCACAGAACGAAAGAACAAGACGGGCAAAUCGUUUCUCUGGGGUCUUUAAGUUCCGUAUUGGAGGUCUGUGUGGACACAGGUGCGGAAUCCCAAGCUGACGAUUUCCAGCACAGGUGGCGACCAGUAAAUCCAGGAGUGGGUUUCACGCUCCGUCAAUAUGGGCCCUCCAUCCUAUACAUGUCACACGCUCCCCAAUAACACAACUGAAGUCAUUAUAAAAAUGAUGCAUCAUCUGUUUAAGGAGGGGGGGCUCCACCAGUUGUCAUUUGUCCAGAGAUUCUUUGUGUGUGUUUUUUAACACAAGUGAUUUCAUUGCGUAACCACAAUCCUGUGGCAUUAUUUCUAGAUACAAGUUUAGCAUCUAUUUCUCUCUCUUUGUGAUUAAUAUUAGUAACAUUCCCGUCUCCAAACCCUCCCGAAAACAUCUUCUUAUUUUUCUUGGAAGCAAAAUGGCUAAUUUGUUUUUAUUUAUUUAAUCUGAUCGUGUUUUACAUCUGAUUACACUGUAUGUCAAAAAGUGGAAGGAAAAAUGUUUUUGGAGAAUAAUUUUGUAUAGUCACUUCUAACAGCUCUGGCAGUGCAGGGGUUAAACAUACUGUCUGCACAUUGUCUUUGUUUGCCUCCCCUCGUCCCGUCUCCUGCUGGGAAUAAUUCACACGGAUAUAAAAUAAAUUCCACAAAUCGUAAAGUUGGUUGGUGGGGUAGCAGGUAUUCUAGGGAAAUACCAGCAGGAUAAUAAUACACUAUAGUUCAUUACACUCAGCGUUUCAUCCUUUUUAAAGCCGUUAUUUUUAAUGUAUUUAUAUUUUUUCUUGCUUUCUUUGUUCCCCUGGUAUCUCACCGAUUAUAUUACUCCAUUGCCACUUGCCCUUAUUUAUAUUUAUUAUUUUUUCUUCCUUGUGAUCUCAAUGUCUGGGGGCAGCCAUUUUGUUCUCUGCCGUGAUGUCUGCUCUUUUUAUUGGCCGAGACUGAUUUCACUGAUGGAUUGUGGGUAAAUGUGAUUGGUAACUGAACUGAACCUUGCUUUAAGCUCCGCCCUGUGCCAGGUUUUGUCCCUGCGAUUUCCUGAUACAUAUUAUGAAAACCAGAUUCAGACACCGGGAGCGAAAGAGAAGGAGAUUAUGCAAUUGGCCUAUCUCAUUAUUUUCUCGUUUUUUUGGCAAUUUCUUGAUUGGUCACAAUUGCUUGUAACAAGUUUUGGGAUUGGAUGCCAUAUCUGCGUAUAUAUAAAAAAACUUAUAGACUUUAUUUUUAUUUAGGACAGUAAUUAGGAUUCCGGGUGAAGGUAUUGACAAAAUGGCUGCAAAUCUUUGCUUCAGAGCGCCAUUUCCUCAGGAAUAAAUCAUAAUGGAAAAUAAUCUAAUAAUCAAAUCUUUCAGGGGCAACUCCCAUGAUGCUUUACCAGCCUUAAGAUUAUUUCUUUUUAUUUUCUAAACAAAUUAUUAGCCGUGUUCUCCCAAAAUCUGCCUAGUUUGAGGUCACGGUGGCGACUUUCCAUGCAAAAAAAAAAAUGCUGAAUUUCAAAACAAAUAGUUAUAAGAAUGGUGAGUGCCACUUUUGCCCUGUGCAUCACACCUUUCCAAAUGAGAUCAUUUUUGUGUAUAUUUUGCAGAUCCUUGCCUUUUCCCUGUACUUUGCAGAUACAUUAUAGACCACGCCAGCUUCCAUAAUACUAAGCGCAAUCGAUCUGCCAUGUCCCUGGCCAGCUGUCAUAAAAUGAUAAAAAGUUCUCUGGUUCAUUUAAUUGAUCAUGUGCAUCCAAGGGCUCGGAAAGGUGACCGCGUCCUGCGGCCAGCACAUUUCUAUUUUAGGGAUUUAUUUUAAGGUUGGCGCAUGUAACUCCCUGUGUGGGCACAGCUCUGGCUGGUACAAUUGGCAUGGUCUUUAUAUGUAUUCUGUUUAACACUUUCUAGGAAAUAUUGUGUGAUUUAAAAAACGUUCCCUAAUUUGCAAAAACACUGACAUUUGACCAUAUUCGAUGUUGACUUGUAUAUUGUUUUUAGUAGGUACACAGUUCCCAAAUAAACUAAAGCAAUGAUAUAGCACUGCAGAAAUGACCUAUGAUGUACACCAAGCCAAACAUGAGCCUGUAAGGAAAUAUUUAAUUUACAAUAAACCGCUGUAUAAGCGAUGUAUUGAGCAAUUAAGCCGAACAUGCCUUGUUGUCAUGGUAACCGCAGCAGUCUGCCUUGUGAGACAGCGUGCUAAAAACACGUCUGUAUGGGCCUUCUAGCAGUAUGGAGUCAUGUUUGGGAGUCGGCCUCUGUUCUGGGAGACGGCCAUUUUAUUCCUCCCACAUACAAAAAAUUCUGCCAAUUCGGCACACUUGCUGUAUGUACAGUUAACUCUUUGGGAUCCUGGCAGUUGUGUAACCCAAUUCGUUAUUUAUCCCUUGGCUUGGAAUGGGCUGAAAGCGAGGAGCUGUUGCAAUGUUGCUUACACAUACAUGUCUAUACAGUAAUGUUUGACUCAGUUACGCAAUGUCCCGAGCGUUCGCUCUCGGCCUGGCCGGUCCUCUUGUUUUCCUGCUGCUAUUGGAUCUUAGACUUUGGCCCUAGCAGAGCCAACUGUGAUACAGGUCUGUGUAACCACCCGGGGCCAGCGUUUGGCCUCCUGCACUCUGCAGCCAUGUUUACAUUCCUGCUAAUGGCCUUGUGUGGAAUUGGCGUCCCCUGCUGUGCGGCGAUGUACCUGUCCGGCCACUGUGUACGUAUUGCAGAACACAUCUAUGAAAUUAAUUAUAAUGUGACGUGUUUCUGAUCUGCAGUAUAUAUUCACUGAUGGGCUUAUUUACUAAACCGUUUACUUAAUAUAAGCAAAAGAACCAAGCUGGGGGGCUGGGGGAGUAUGUCUUUAGCACGCCAUUGCAUGGAAAGGGUUAACUCUGCAAUGACUGCAAGGUAAAUCUAUUGGAGAAGGAAUAAACAGGCGUUAUUAGAUAAGUAAUAAAGCAAACCAUAUGUCUAUACACAGCCCAUCACUUGGCAAAGUAACCAGCUGUUGUGUGCUUUUAAUUAGCGCAUGCAACACCCCACACACACGUCGCAGAGCUAUUUUAUCUUACAAUUUAUUGUGUUUAUUUUAAACUAAAAAUCCCCAUCAGCACAUGGAUAGCAUGCGAUAUAAUUGGGGGUUCGCUCACAGCGAUAUCUUAUUCCUUUGCUACAAAAUAAGAUUUUCUGAAAUUGUCACAUUUUCCAGUAAAAUCGUUUAUUUCCACUUCUGGUUGCCCGUGUCAUUUCGCUCCGCCGUUUUUCUGCUGCUUUGGAGUUUAAGGUAUGAGCAGAAAUUCAGGAAUCGAUUUGAACUUGGGUAAUGUUAGUUAAAUAGCAGCUAGCGAGCACAGCCUGUUAUUUGCUGGUUUGUUCCACAAAUCUUUAACAAAGACUGGCAGUGUUUCCCUUCCUGAUUAUUGAAGGGGUUUAUCAAAUAUUUAAAAAAGGAACAAGGUCGGCCGUUGGCCUCUGUGCCUCCCACUCCUCUGUUCCUCUGAUGUUCUUUUUAAAAAAUAUAUAUUAUGUUGGCUUUGCUGAUGGGAUCUUAAAGGGACAUUCCAACCACCAUAAGCACUUCACAGUUUGCUGUACAGCCUUUUGUAGUGGUUAUGGUGUAGUCAGCCUCGUUUUAGUGUCAGACCAUUGAGCAGUGAAGACCAGUGCCUGCCAUUGGUUUCCAAAUUACUUUUGGUUGAUCUUGGGGGCAGUAGAGGGGCCAGGCUCUGUUUUAGGUCAAACCCCAGUUCUUCACUGUUUCAGCUCUGGAUCUCUUAAAGGGAACACAACAAAACACUAUUAAAGCAGCUCUGUCACUAUACAGGUUUUAUCUUUAAAGCAGCCAUUUUUUAUUUUUUUCCCCUUUCCUAAUGAUUAUACUGCUCCCAUUGGCACUGUAUAUUUAUGAUCUCAACAUCUGUGCGCGGCUAUUUUGUUCUCCUCUGCUGUUUGCCUUUUAUCGGAUUUAUGUCACUGAUGGCUUGUGGGUAAAUGCCACAGAAUCUUGAUUUACGCUCCCCCCAUUGUCACGUUUUGUUACUUUGUUUAUUACAAAUAAGGAAUAUCGAUACGUUUACAUAUUUUAUGUAAAUGAGCGCUCAGGCAUAAAAUAAAGAGAUAUUGAUAGAUUCGAUAAGGUUCCUUUUGGGUGACAAACGGCUGUACUAAACGAAUCCCUGUUUGUCCCUCCGUUUCUCCUUGAUUUUAUUUUCUAAAUUCACCUUAGUUUAUUAGUUAUAUAUACAAUGGGCCGAGCCUAAUCACAGUUCCAUUUCAGCUACCAAGGUAAUUUUACCCGUAAUCCAUCAGUGAGAAGAAUCCACGGAAGGCAGACUGCUGGCAUCAUGCACAGAGGAGAACAAAAUGGCGGCACCCAGAUAUUACAGCUCGAGGAGGAAAGCAUACCUUCUGAGUGUAUAACAGAGCUCCACAGUAAUAAUACUCCCAGUAAUGUGUCUGAGUGUAUAACAGAGCUCCGCAGCAAUAAUACUCCCAGUAAUGUGUCUGAGUGUAUAACAGAGCUCCGCAGCAAUAAUACUCCCAGUAAUGUGUCUGAGUAUAUAACAGAGCUCCACAGCAAUAAUACUCCCAGUAAUGUGUCUGAGUGUAUAACAGAGCUCCCCAGCAAUAAUACUCCCAGUAAUGUGUCUGAGUGUAUAACAGAGCUCCCCAGCAAUAAUACUCCCAGUAAUGUGUCUGGGUGUAUAACAGAGCUCCACAGCAAUAAUACUCCCAGUAAUGUGUCUGACUGUAUAACAGAGCUCCACAGCAAUAAUGUGACUGAGUGUAUAACAGAGCUCCACAGCAAUAAUACUCCCAGUAAUGUGUCUGUGUGUAUAACAGAGCUCCACAGUAAUAAUACUCCCAGUAAUGUGUCUAAAGUAUAGCUGGGAUUCAGUAGGUUUGACAACUGUGGAGAAGGGAACAUGUUGGGAACACCUUCCAUGGCAAUAUCAUUUUAUGGCACAAACCUAUCCUGUGGUGCUGUACAACGGGGAUAUAAAAACAACACAUUCCUGAUAAAUGGAUGAAAGUAAAGAGGAAGGAAGGGGUGAGGGAGCGUCGCCCUAAACGUGAGACAUGGAUCAUUUAGCUCAGGCAUAGCUCCUCGCGAGGCGGUUACAUCACUGACGCCGAACAGGAGCCGGGAAGGCAGAUUUUAAUAGCCAUAAGUAUUCCCAAUAGGGGUUUUAAAUGGGAAAUAUUGCUUGUAUUGCCCUGCAGGAAGUUGUUCAAGAUUUAUUACUCAUGUAUUUGCAAUCUUGUUUCCUUUUUUACUCCAAUAUUAUGUUGUAAGAUCCUGUGUGGAUGUAUCCAAGUAUUCUGUAAUGUCCUCAACAGCGCUGUGUGUGCAGUCAGAUCCCCUACAUUAGAUAUAAACCCAGCGCUGUCUGAGCCUGUCCUGAUAGCGUGCAGUCAUUACAUUAGAUAUAAACCCAGCGCUGUCUGAGCCUGUCCUGAUAACGUGCUGUCAUUACAUUAGGUAUAAACCCAGUGCUGUCUGAGCCUGUCCUGAUAACGUGCGGUCAUUACAUUAGAUAUAAACCCAGUGCUGUCUGAGCCUGUCCUGAUAAUGUGCUGUCAUUACAUUAGAUCUAAACCCAGCGCUGUCUGAGCCUGUCCUGAUAACGUGCUGUCAUUACAUUAGAUAUAAACCCAGCGCUGUCUGAGCCUGUCCUGAUAACGUGCGGUCAUUACAUUAGAUAUAAACCCAGUGCUGUCUGAGCCUGUCCUGAUAAUGUGCAGUCAUUACAUUAGAUAUAAACCCAGCGCUGUCUGAGCCUGUCCUGAUAACGUGCUGUCAUUACAUUAGAUAUAAACCCAGCGCUGUCUGAGCCUGUCCUGAUAACGUGCUGUCAUUACAUUAGAUAUAAACCCAGCGCUGUCUGAGCCUGUCCUGAUAACGUGCUGUCAUUACAUUAGAUAUAAACCCAGCGCUGUCUGAGCCUAUCCUGAUAACGUGCAGUCAUUACAUUAGAUCUAAACCCAGCGCUGUCUGAGCCUGUCCUGAUAACGUGCUGUCAUUACAUUAGAUCUAAACCCAGCGCUGUCUGAGCCUGUCCUGAUAACGUGCAGUCAUUACAUUAGAUAUAAACCCAGCGCUGUCUGAGCCUGUCCUGAUAACGUGCAAUCAUUACAUUAGAUAUAAACCCAGCGCUGUCUGAGCCUGUCCUGAUAACGUGCAGUCAUUACAUUAGAUAUAAACCCAGCGCUGUCUGAGCCUGUCCUGAUAACUUGCUGUCAUUACAUUAGAUAUAAACCCAGCGCUGUCUGAGCCUGUCCUGAUAACGUGCAGUCAUUACAUUAGAUAUAAACCCAGUGCUGUCUGAGCCUGUCCUGAUAACUUGCUGUCAUUACAUUAGAUAUAAACCCAGCGCUGUCCGAGCCUGUCCUGAUAACUUGCUGUCAUUACAUUAGAUAUAAACCCAGCGCUGUCUGAGCCUGUCCUGAUAACGUGCAGUCAUUACAUUAGAUAUAAACCCAGCGCUGUCUGAGCCUGUCCUGAUACCAUGCGGUCAUUACAUUAGAUAUAAACCAGUGCUGUCUGAGCCUGUCCUGAUACCAUGCGGUCAUUACAUUAGAUAUACACCCAGCACUAGAUUAGCCUGUCCUGAUAAUGCAUGGUCAUUACAUUCGAUAUAUACCCAGCACUGUCCGAGCUUGUCCUGAUAUUGUGAAGACUGUUGGCUGUAGAUAUUUAUUAAACUUUGCUUUCAGUAGAUAAGUAUAUCCGUGCCUGCUCAGUUUGUUUUGAGUUUCCCUUUGGCACAGUUGAAUAGAGGACGGACGGACAGUCAGACUGGCACCUUCAGGGAGCAUUAGGUCAAUUGUGAAACCAGCAGAGAAACAGGAUACAAAUAACACAGGAAAAUACAGCGCGGUGACUGCAGCAGAGACAUGCCAACAAGCUAUGCUGGCUUUGUCUCAUCUCCAGAUAUGCAUCACUAUUGCCCCGAGUUCUUUAUGUAGACCCCCGCAAACACACCCCUUACCUCUAUCUCGUUAUAUGACCUCCCCAAUAAAAUACGUCUGUUGCUAUCAAUAUUCAUGUGAUCAUUUCCCUGCAGGCCAAAAAAUAAAGCAUUGUAAUAGUAUUGGGGAGUUAUUAAUCAGCCCCCACUGGCUGUGUUCUAUACGAGGUACCCCAUCUCUCAUUACGGGUGGGGUGUAAUGGAGCUAUACAGAAAUCCUGUGUUUUGGGUUUAUUCUUAGAGUGGUUUUACAUACAGUGAAACUCCUUGUCUGGCUUUAAAUGAUAGUUUGUUUUUUUUUUAGUUUCUUUUUUCAUAAUGAACAAAUCUGUUGUUUUGUAAUAUUGUACUGGUGUAGGGAAAAUAGAUAUGGGGUGUAUUGCCUUACUUAUUGCUGCUUUUUGACGUCUACUUGGGGUGAGCAUUGCAUUAUGUGAAACUGGUUCAGCUAAAUAAGAUGCAGUUUGACUUAAUACACAAAACAGAAGUUGCAACAGAUUGAUUUAGGGCCUAAAUAGAAGGUGUUGUAAUGGUUGGACAGUGACGGGGGUCCUAGCGAAGCAUUUUCUGAUACAUUGCGGUCCGAGCGAUGUAUGUUCUGAUACAUGGGGGUCCUCGCAAAGUAUAUUCUGAUACAUGGGGUCCUAGCGAAGCAUGUUCUGAUGCAUAGGGUACUAGCGAUGCAUGUUCUGAUACAUGGGCGUCCUUGCUAUGAAUGUUCUGAUACAUGGUGGUCCUAGUGAAGCAUGUUCUGAUAUGUGGGGGUCCUUGCAAUGUAUGUUCUGAUACAUGGGCGUUCUUGCUAUGUAUGUUCUGAUACAUGGGGGUCCUUGCUAUGUAUGUUCUGAUACAUGGGGGGCCCUUGCUAUGUAUGUUCUGAUACAUGGGGGGCCCUUGCGAUGAAUGUUCUGAUACACGGGGGUCCUCGCAAUGUGUGCUCUGACAUGUGGAGGGGCCUUGCAAUUUGUCCUAGCAAUGUUCUGAUACGUGGGGGUCCUAGUGACAUUCUGAUGUUUUCCUCUCUUUCUUUGUUUAGUUGUCACGGACGGCUCCCACACCAGGAGACCCUAAGCCCACAGAAGGUAAGCAGAGACCCUUUGUUGUUAUUUUGUUCUGUUGGACUCACUGCUUUCUGUUUUAAAUGUCUGGGUGUUUCAGCAGGCUGACUGCAGGAAAGAGUCUGUGGUGGUGAAGAGAGGCAGGUCAUUCUAGACCAUGAUGUACCAUGGCCCAGUAAAGAUUGUAGUGGAAUUCUAGCAGAGCAGGAUUAAUUAUAGUCUAGGGCCGCCAAGGGCCCAGUGGUCAGACAUGGGCCCCACAAACCAUGAAUUUGCUUGGCUUUACCAUCACUAUGUGAAAUGUAAGCUUGCCUUGGUCCUGGUGGGAUCUUAAUCCUUUUCUGAAUUCCAGGCUACGGAAGGGGACGGGCAUGGUACUUCACUUUGACCUUUCUCUGCCUAGCCUGGAAUGUUAUACCCAUAAACACCAUGGAGCAACACGAAGAGCUUGAGUGACAAGGUUUUAAUGCCAUAGACUGCCACCACCUACUGGUUGCCAUCCUACCCUCUGCCCCUAUGCGCUGCCACUUUCAGUGUAGGCUGGGGUUUAGAGGUAGGUUAUGGGAGGAAGACAGAACUUUGGCUGGUGUUCGUUACUCAGCACUUUCUCCGGAAAAAGAACAUGAAUACAUCAGCAAAUCAGGUCGUACUCCUUGUAGACCUUAUCUGCCUUUUCUGCUGACAUUCAGACACUCCACAAGCCUCUAGGUGAGAGCUUGCAUGGAAUGAGAAAUCUGCUUCAAGCCAUGACAGCGUGCUGAGGUUACUCACAGGAGGCCUUGUCACGGGGUGUAUCCCAUUAAUCAGGACUCCUUAAACGGCACCUCUGCUGUAUGCCUGGCAUGGUCUGCACUGGCUGCUGUAUUUGCACUUCAGUUUUUGAGUGCAGUUUCCUGGCAUUAGGAGAGUUAAUGGAUGAUUUAUAUAUCGCAAUUUUGAUACAAGCCAAUUGAUUGCACACUGAGCUGUACAAAGGGCUGGGUGUAUUGGGGAGAGAAACCUCUAAUUUUUGUGCUUAUUAAUCAUUGCAGAAUAAAUUAUGAUUAUUUAUAUAACACCGACAUAUUCUGCAGCACUGUACAAUAGGCAAGACAAACGAUUCAUUCCAAUAAAGCACGUUUGAUAUACGGGAGCAGUUGGUUAAGAUGGCCCUGUCCAAAUGAGCUUGCAGUCUAAAACCUGUGCCAUCAUUCCGUUUCUGAGCCUUUUAGUGAAGAGAAUUGGAUUCUUAUUUAGGAUUCGGAGCAGCUGGUAAAUGCUGCAGACAUUGUCAUUUCAUUCAAUGGCUGGUAGGGACUCUACAUGGGAUCAGAUCCAGAGAUUAAUAUCGGGGUGCUGCAGUGUUCAGCCAAGUCCUGGUGCCGGCACAGUACGCCUUGCAGCUCCACACUGUACUCAGAAUAUUCCUCAUUAUUCUGCAGCCUGCGGGUGGCUACAGAUUACUCAGACUGUUUAUUUUAAGAUCCUGUAACGUGGGGAGCGUGCAGCAGAGGAGAAAGAAGGAGGAAGCAGUGCAGCAGCCCCUCCUAAGCCUUAUUGCCACAAUCACGACUGUUUCUCCCCCCCCCCUUACGUCAGCACUGGGCUAUCAAAUCAUUCAAGGUUUUAGCACUUUCAGUUCAGUGAAUUCUGCGAACAAUUCUCUUCAAUCUGUUGUGUCAGGCCUUCAAACCUGGGGGUAUACAGAGACUGGCUGUGUACGGCUGUCCGAGCAUACUGUGAGUUGGUAGCCAUGCUGUGGUGACCCUGUAUAAGGAGAACGCAUCGGUCUCCUGGCGGGCAGAUCAUUUUCCAUGAUGUAAGCAGUUUCUGUUAUCAGACUGUUAUCAACACGUGCGCCACCAUAACUGCAAACACAGGCUGGAUUUAUCGCCGCAGCUGUAACCCUCCACAUGCCUACUUCAGCCUUUUCCAUUUUCACACAAAACAAAUUCCACUCUGGUAUUUCAGGGUUAUCACCUUGUUAAGAGGGUUAAUGUGAGCCUUUGUGUUAUCUAUAUUAGUCUAUAGCCGUGUGUUUUGUAACGUGUGCACACCAUACUGACGCUGGCUGCCAUUUCUCAAAAACUGCUAAAUAAAAAAUACUACAAGUAAAACCAUGCAUUUUAUUUUCUUUCAAAACAAAAUGACAAAUGGGUAGUCUAUUAUUUCCUCUCUCUAUAUUGGGUAGUGUGAGCCUCCAUCUUAACUUUUAAUUUAUUUCUUUUGUAUCUCUCCUGAGGCGGUGUUGUUGGUUACUGCUUAUAUUGUGUCAUUUCUGUUUGUGUCUCUAUUUUCACAACAUAAAUUUGCAAACUAAGAUGUUUCUUUCUUACUUACUAAAAUCUGGUAAGUUUAACAGUCCUUAUGUGUUUCCCAGCCAUGUAUCAACAUGUGCGGAUGCUAUCGCUAUAGCCGUCAUUUGCAUCUCUGUUCAGCUUUAUUGUUACAUUCUUAUAUACACUGCCCUUCUCUGUCACUCACACGUAUUAUACCCUGACACUUCCUGUCACUCACACGUAUUCUACCCUGACACUUCCUGUCACUCACACGUAUUAUACCCUGACACUUCCUGUCACUCACACGUAUUCUACCCUGACACUUCCUGUCACUCACACGUAUUCUACCCUGACACUUCCUGUCACUCACACGUAUUAUACCUUGACCCAUCCUGUCAAUCACACGUAUUAUACCCUGACACAUCCUGUCACUCACACGUAUUAUACCCUGACACUUCCUGUCACUCGUAUUAUACCCUGACACAUCCUGUCACUCACACGUAUUAUACCCUGACACUUCCUGUCACUCGUAUUCUACCCUGACACAUCCUGUCACUCACACGUAUUCUACCCUGACACUUCCUGUCACUCACACGUAUUAUACCUUGACCCAUCCUGUCAAUCACACGUAUUAUACCCUGACACAUCCUGUCACUCACACGUAUUAUACCCUGACACUUCCUGUCACUCGUAUUAUACCCUGACACAUCCUGUCACUCACACGUAUUAUACCCUGACACUUCCUGUCACUCGUAUUCUACCCUGACACAUCCUGUCACUCACACGUAUUCUACCCUGACACUUCCUGUCACUCACACGUAUUAUACCUUGACCCAUCCUGUCAAUCACACGUAUUAUACCCUGACACAUCCUGUCACUCACACGUAUUAUACCCUGACACUUCCUGUCACUCGUAUUAUACCCUGACACAUCCUGUCACUCACACGUAUUAUACCCUGACACUUCCUGUCACUCGUAUUCUACCCUGACACUUCCUGUCACUCACACGUAUUCUACCCUGACACUUCCUGUCAAUCACACGUAUUCUACCCUGACACAUCCUGUCAAUCACACGUAUUCUACCCUGACACAUCCUGUCAAUCACACGUAUUAUACCCUGACACUUCCUGUCACUCGUAUUCUACCCUGACACUUCCUGUCACUCACACGUAUUCUACCCUGACACUUCCUGUCAAUCACACGUAUUCUACCCUGACACAUCCUGUCACUCACACGUAUUAUACCCUGACACUUCCUGUCACUCACACGUAUUCUACCCUGACACUUCCUGUCAAUCACACGUAUUCUACCCUGACACUUCCUGUCAAUCACUCGUAUUCUACCCUGACACAUCCUGUCACUCACACGUAUUCUACCCUGACACUUCCUGUCACUCACACGUAUUCUACCCUGACACUUCCUGUCAAUCACACGUAUUCUACCCUGACACUUCCUGUCACUCACACGUAUUAUACCCUGACACUUCCUGUCAAUCACACAUGUGAAGGACAGAGAAGUGGCUUCUAAUAUGUGUGUGUGUGUAGGUUUGGAAGUUUUGGCAGCGAGCUGAGAAUAUGAUCUCUCUGUUUUGUUUUUCCAGUGCUGGGACAAGUUUGUGAAACCCAUGAGGGAAAAACAGAGAGGUGUUUACAAGGAGAGAUUCAUGGAUUCCCAGCCGGUGGCUAAUAUAGAAACAGUGUUUACACCUUCAUUUAUUAUAUCUUACCACUACAGCUUUAUUUAUCACAGUAUAGAGGGAACCAGCCAAACUCUGUCACACAAUACAGGGAACCAGCCAAACCCAUCACACUAUAGAGGAAGCCAGCCAAAUCUUUUACACUAUAGGGCAGGGUUGUCAAACAUGCGGCCCUCCCAGAUGUUGCUGAACUACAACUCCCAUGAUUCCCUGGCUAUCUGUUUCAUUGAAAGAAUCAUGGGAGUUGUAGUUCAGCAACAUCUGGGGGGCCGCAUGUUUGACAACCCUGCUAUAGGGGGAUCUGGCAAAAUCUAUCCUACUAUAGAGGGAGCCAGCCAAACUCUGUCACUGUAUAGCGGGUGCAGUGUGGCACCUGUCACUGUAUAGAGGGUGCAGUGUGGCACCUGUCACUGUAUAGAGGGAGCAGUGUGGCACCUGUCACUGUAUAGAGGGAGCAGUGUGGCACCUGUCACUGUAUAGAGGGAGCAGUGUGGCACUUGUCACUGUAUAGAGGGUGCAGUCUAGCACCUGUCACCGUAUAGCGGGUGCAGUGUGGCACCUGUCACUGUAUAGAGGGAGCAAUGUGGCACCUGUCACUGUAUAGAGGUGGCAGUGUGCUACCUGUCACUGUAUAGAGGCGGCAGUGUGCUACCUGUAACUGUAUAGAAUGGGCAGUGUGGCACCUGUCACUGUAUAGAAGGGGCAGUGUGGCACCUGUCACUGUAUAGAGGGAGCAAUGUGGCACCUGUCACUGUAUAGAGGGCGCAGUCUGGCACCUGUCACCGUAUAGAGGGUGCAGUCUGGCACCUGUCACUGUAUAGAGGUGGCAGUGUGGCACCUGUCACUGAAUAGAAGGGGCAGUGUGGCACCUGUCACUGUAUAGAAGGGGCAGUGUAGCACCUGUCACUGUAUAGAAGGGGCAGUGUGGCACCUGUCACUGUAAAGCGGGAGCACUGUGGCACCUGUCACUGUAUAGAGGGAGCAGUGUAGCACCUGUCACUGUAUAGAGGGCGCGGUGUGGCACCUGUCACUGUGUAGAAGGGACAGUGGGGCACCUGUCACUGUAUAGAGGUGGCAAUAUGGCACCUGUCACUGUAUAGAGGGGGCAGUGUGGCACCUGUCACUGUAUAGAGGUGGCAGUGUGGCAACUGUCACUGUAUAUCGGAUGCAGUGUGGCACCUGUCACUGUAUAGAGGGCACAGCGUGGCACCUCUUACUGUAUAGAAUGGGCAGUGUGGCACCUGUCACUGUAUAGAGGGGCAGUGUGGCACCUGUCACUGUAUAGAGGGGGCAGUGUGGCACCUGUCACUGUAUAGAGGGAGUAGAUUUGACCAUUAUAAGAUGCUGCUGUAACAGUAGUUAAUUGUCAUUGGCAUAUAAAUGCCCUAAUCCGUGCUGCAAUUGAGUGAGAGGUGGGUUACAAAGAAUACUGGUAAGUGCUAUAAGGCAGAGAAAUAUGGCGUACAAGUAUGCCAUAUAAACUUUCCUGAAGCAGGUGACGCUGUAAGGGAGUCCAUUGAGAAUGUGAAUAAGAUGAAUAAAGCACAUUGCAGUAAAAUACAGCAAGCCUGGGGUAAUGGCAGCCGGCAGAGUUGUGAAUUUCAGUUUAAUGCAAUGAUUUAUGCUCAGGAUGAGAACCAGGCCUCACUAAUAACAUAGUUUGGGGUGGGCCAUUGGGAGAGGGGGAUGGGCAGCACUCCAGCUGCUCCUAUGGUGGUCUCCUGUGUGGGACCACUCUUGGCAGUGAGGGGAAUGGAGGGGUGAGGGGGGGGUUGCUUCACAGUGUGAAGUUACUUGAGGACUUCUGUGUGCGAGAAUCUGCAGCCGAUUAAGUGGGAACACAUAGGUUACACAGCAUUCUGUAAGUGGAGAGUGUUUUAAGGGUUACUUGGAUUAACCCUGUCCAUGCCAGGGCACACAGCAGCUAAUAUGACAGUCUGACCCACAAGCCAAUAAUGAGCCAAUGGAACAAUAAUAAUCCACAAAUUAUUACAGGCUUUUCUACUGAAGUGAGAAUUCAAAAUCGCUAAACCGGAAACGUUUCCGAAGUCAGCUAAGCUUUCAGUUUGGCUGCUGUGACAAUAAAUUAGAAUUCUCACUAUUGAGUAACCCAUCUCUAAUUGUCCAUCUGUGCAUUACCAGCAAACAAUGCUUUUCCUUGACAAACAGGGUGAACAGUAGCAGAUCGAUUAGUUUCGCAACAAGUGGUCAUCCUUGGUAAAGAAGACUGUGGUUUCUAAAAUGGGGCGAUGUAGUUAUCAUUCUGGGGGCUGGGUCCAUCCAACAGCUGUAUGGGGCAUUUAUAAUCGCCCCAAGUCCGUGUCAGAGAAGCCAGGGGGAUUUUAAAGGGCUCUGACUGCUAAUUCACACAGCAAGUGGAACAAUCCUCCUAGGAUGCUGUAACUGCAAGGGAAUUUGUGUUGCUAAUCCAGACGCCAUGUGUCUGAAAACACGUUGACUAUGAGUCUUUGUCCACUUGUUGAGAAAUGCCUAUCUAAUUGCUGGGGAUACCACACCACGUUCCUAAAGCGGAUUUUACUCUGGGAAUCGUGGCUAUUUUCUUACUAAAGGGAGAUAUUUAGAUCAAUGGCAGCUUUAUAGAUAGAUUUGCACAAGCCAAUUAGUGUAUUUAGCUAGUCCUAAACCGUUGCCUUGUUUUUUAGUUUCUCUUCCGUAGUGUAUUUUGUCAUCACGUCUAUCGUCCAUGUACGUCGGCCAAUCUUAUUCUAGUCUGCUCCUCAUUCCAUCCGUGAUGGAUGUCUCACUAACAAGGGCUCAUCACUGCUUGCAUGCCGAGUGUCUCUUUUUAUACAGAACUGUCAACUUAUUUAUAAUCCAUUAUGCAUUCUGAAGCUAAUUUAUAAUCCAUUAUGCAUUCUGAAGCAACAAUGGACUUUUAGAAAUUGAAACUUAUGUUUUGUUGCAUAAACCAUCAUUUCAGUAAAAUGUAAGUUUUUAAAGUGUUUAACUGUGCUUGUCCUCCGCUCGGCAUUGUAUUAAAGUUCUGUUCUGUUCUCUCUGAGUGCAGUGGUCCCAUUUAUGAAGGUGUUCCAGCAAAGUAUCUGUCAGGUGCGAGAGACCAUGGUGGAUAUAUAUCAGGAGUAUCCCGAUGAAGUGGAAUACAUAUUCAAACCAUCCUGCGUGCUCCUGAAGAGGUGUUCGGGCUGCUGCAAUGAUGAAACACUGGAGUGUGUUCCAGCAGAGACCUACAACACCACCAUGCAGGUAAAAGGACGCCGUGUAUCCCAUGCAAACCCACAUAGCUCAACUUAUAUUACAAUCACACUAUGCUUGUAGAUAGUAAAGAGCUGAGACUCACUGCAUUUUCCAUCACGGUUCUGAAAUCAGUCAACGUGGACAUUGUUCAGGUCUAUGGUCCUGUCUUCCACAAAACCAGUGAUUGUAUUGUGCAACAGCCUCCAGUGGCAAGUGUUUACACAACCAUUUAUAUAUUUUUAAUAAAUUCUGGUUUGAAAAACAAGAUUAGACCGUCUUUCUUAAUUUAUUUUUGUGAAGAAAUACUCUAGUCCCCCAAAGAAGUUUGUUUGAUUGUCUAUGAGAAGCAUCCUCCCCCAUGGAUUAGAUUGGGCUAGAAAUCGUCAGUAUUGAGGGUGAAGCAGAACUGCGACAUGAAGGUGUUCUCGGUGCUGGAUUACAUGUUAAUAAUAAAUAACAAUUAACAACAUGGGGCUUUAAAUCUAAAAUGUAAAAUAAUCUUUCCACUGAGAAAGGUGUAUAUUUUAACACUGGCGUGUUCAUGUAAUAGCGGCCAGGAUGCACUUUGAUCCGGCUUUAUGUAUAAAGUAUAACUUGCAGGUAGGUAUUUUGUUUGCUUUCAGGCAGUCCUAUUGCCAUAAGACGCCAGGCGAGACUCCUGUCCUAGAAAACUCAUGAGCAGCGUGUAAUCACCCUCUGGGGUGUCCCUUAGUAACCAAAUGACAAUCCCAGCAGAUUAAGGAUCACAGCAGGAGUCGUGUUUCUCAGUGCGUGUCCUAGAUUGAUGGCUGGUAUCACUUGUUUUUCUGUUGUGGAUUGUGGGAGUUGUAGUAACUGUAGCAAGAUGCUUCCAACAAAUAUAUAUUUUUUCAUUUUCUUUCACAGAUAAUGAGUAUUAAACCUCACAAAAUGCAGCACAUAAUCGAUAAAAGCUUUCAGCAGCACAGCCGGUGCGAAUGCAGGUCAGUACCCUGUGUGUACGGCACGCUGUGAGCAUUUCCACUGAUAUGUUCACAGUUUGUGAUUUUUGUGUGUUGCGCAGUUUAAGUUCGUGUUGGAUUCCCACUGGAAGGGAGAGAUUGCCGGUCAUUUAAAAUCUUCUGUUUCUUGUUUACAGAUUAAAGAAAGAAGUGCUAACGAAUCAGGAAAAGUAAGUGUUCACCUUAUUAAUCCUACAUAUCUGUCAGACUUAGAUGUAAUAUCUGCAUUUACCCCUCUGGUGCUGUAAUGCCAGGACCUCCGUUAAUGAUAUGGAGGUCUGGCCACACUGUGACCGUCACCGCUAACCUUCCUUGUAAAGCGAUAGAGUAUGCGAUCAUUUAUAAAAAGUAGUCAGAGUCUGUAGUGCAGAGAUGCGGACUGGAUCAAGCAGCUGACAAUUAGAAUAAAAUACUGGUUUCUUUAUUGUGUCAGCCUAUAAAACUGAUCCCAAGAUGCGCCCACUCAGAUAUGACCGAGCUGAGCGUCCAAUCAAUGGACUGCCAGAGUGCAUGCUGGUAGAAAGUAGGAAUCCAGGCACUCCAAAUUGUUCCAAUCAAUAGGCAAUUUUAGUUGGACCCAAAAACCACACAACGUUUCGACCACUUUCGACCACUCAAGCUGACAAAACGGGGUCAAAACGUUGUGUGGUUCUUGGGUCCAAAAAAAAUUGCCUAUUGAUUGGAACAAUUUGGAGUGCCUACAAUUAUACUUUAUACAUGGUCUCUUUGGUACUGGGACUGAUCCAGUAGCACCCUGAGAUUGUUGUACCUAUCACCAAUAGAGUGCACGCUGGUGUGAGGAAGGGAAAAUUCAACAAAUUGAUAGGAUGACACGGCGUUGUAGUGUGUAUUCCAGCCCUAUUUAACAUUUAAAUCCGAAAGCAUUGAAAAGGUGGCCUAGUAAUGGCGAAAUAGGUGCUUCUCCCGCUGCUAUGAAUGCGCUAUGGUAUCGCUCUGCUCCCCCCGUUAACAUGCAGUGCUUGGUGGCUGAUUUCAAUCUCUGCCUCUGCUUUGCUGAUGGCUUUCUGGCUAAUUCUAUGUGUGUGCAAGCUCUGUCCUGGCCAGUGAUUGGUCCUUGACUCCUCGGUGUAUAUUAACUCAGUAUGAUCACAUCCAUUUGUACUCAACACUGGAGGGAAAAAUACAAAAUAUGCUAAUUUAAUAAAUUUUUACUAUUGUAUAAUUUAGAUGUCAUUUUGUGUAAGUGACCACUUGUCCGCUGAAUCGCCCCGUGCAUGUAACUCCUCUGGUGUCAGGGUUAACCGCUUCACUACAGAGAAACCCAUUAGCAGGGUUAAAAUUAAAUCAUAACAUGGAAUUAAAUGAAUAUAUAUAUCCGUUUAUGUAUGUAUGUAUUGCCUUUUAAUCUGGGCUGUAAUUGGAUAAAGAAUUCAAAGAAAAGGAAUAGAAAAACGUAAGAUUAGAAUUUAUUUAAUUAUGUAUUUUAACACGUCCACCGGCUGAUUUAUUCUGUACACGGGCUGAGCUUGGGACCUGUGUCACCAUAUAUACACGCCGUGUGUAGUGACUGUCCAUAGACACCGUGUAGUGAACCUCCACAAACACUGUAUGUAGUGACCGUCCACAGACACUGUGUGUAGUGACCGUCCACAGACACCGUGUGCAGUGACCGUCCACAGACACCGUGUGUAGUGACCGUCCACGGACACUUUCCUGUUAAUGUGAGGUCAUUACAUUAGAUAUGAACCCAGCGCUGUCUGAGCCUGUCCUGAUAACUUGCUGUCAUUGCAUUAGAUAUAAACCCAGCUCUGUCUGAGCCUGUCCUGAUAACGUGCAGCCAUUACAUUCGAUAUAAACCCAGCGCUGUCUGAGCCUGUCCUGAUAGCGUGCAGUCAUUACAUUAGAUAUAAACCCAGCGCUGUCUGAGCCUGUCCUGAUAACGUGCUGUCAUUACAUUAGAUAUAAACCCAGCGCCGUCUGAGCCUGUCCUGAUAACGUGCAGUCAUUACAUUAGAUAUAAUCCCAGCACUGUCUGAGCCUGUCCUGAUAAUGUGAGGUCAUUACAUUAGAUAUAAACCCAGCACUGUGUGAGCCUGUCCUGAUAACGUGCAGUCAUUACAUUAGAUAUAAACUCAGCGCUGUCUGAGCCUAUCCUGAUAAUGUGACGUCAUUACAUUAGAUAUAAACCCAGCGCUGAGGUUUAUAUCUAAUGUCCUGAUAACGUGCUGUCAUUACAUUAGAUAUAAACCCAGCGCUGUCUGAGCCUGUCCUGAUAACGUGCUGUCAUUACAUUAGAUAUAAACCCAGCGCUGUCUGAGCCUGUCCUGAUAGUGUGCGGUGAUUACAUUAGAUAUAAACCCAGCGCUGUCUGAGCCUGUCCUGAUAGCGUGCGGUGAUUACAUUAUGAUAUGAUAGAAACCUUCACUGACCCCAGAUAUAAAGAAUUACAGUAUAGAGAUGAUCAGUGCUGUAAAAGGACAAUGCACCCCUCUUUUGUAGUGGAUUUUCUGCCGUGUUGUUGGUAACGGCACAGAGUUUGUGGUGUCGUAGAGAGAGAGGCUGAGGGUCUCAGAAUGCACUGUGGGAGGAACAUGCUCUUCCUAUUAAUAUCGAACCAUGUGCAUGGGAAAGGUCACCUCUACUGUCCUGGGGCUUCAUGACCAGGAUGGGUAAUCUUAGCUGCACUCUGCAGGAAGAGAGCUCUUGUAGACAUGUUUCUGGCCUUUCUUAACCCUUCCAGUAGUCCUAGGGCAGACAGCGAAGUCCAGUCUGUGACCAUGCAACUGUUUAACCCUCUGCACGUCACGCUUUGAUAAGUGGUCUCCAUACAGAGAACUGAAGAAAAUUGUCAGUGUUGGUAUCCUGGACUCAGCACCUGUGUUUUGAACUUCCUGUGUGCACAUGAGGGCUCAGUGAUUAGUGAGUGCACACUGUCAGCUAUGUGUGAGCAUGUAUACUGCCAGGAAAGUGAAUUCCUGAAACCAUGCAGGUACCGUGCACCUGCCCAAUCUGCUGCCUCCGCACCAGGUGACCAGUUGGAGGUUUUUUUGUUUUUUUUUAGGGAUCACUUUACUAGAGGGGAUGCAGUGUUUUGUGUCCUCACCUUGAUGAUUUUAUUCUUGGUGACUGUCCACCUUUGGCCUGUCAGGUGAAUUAGCAGUAGCUCAAGAAUGCCAAUAGACAGGAUUCAAUUGACAAAGAGGAGAGGAUAUUCUGGGCUGACACAUGACUGCUAUUGAACCUGGAAGAUUUUCAUAGAGGCUGUAGACUUAAUGAAGGUUCCAAUGCAAGAAGGGUCGUAGAGGCAGUGUACGUCCUCCAGGCUGAGAUACUGUAGUCAGCCAUAAUUAAAGCAUUGAGUGUAGGAUUUCAGAAGCCAAGCUGGUGGAAUUUGUCCUGUCAUCGUUUUAUUGUUCCACACAGGGAUUUAGUGGCUGACAAAAGGCAGGCAGAGGAACAACAAUAAGCAUGUCUGCUGCCUUUAUCGGUGCGUACAAGUGCUGCGGCCUUCCUAUAAUUUUUUACUCUGUGUCUGGAGUAACACACCAAGUCUGCACAGUGUUAAAAUACAUGCACAGUGGCACUUGAAUUGAGAAUGACGCAUACUAAAUGUGUUUACAAAAGAAAAAGUAAUGUUGAGACCAGUCCACAAAUGUACAAUCUACGGAGAAUUCCAAGUGAAUUUCAAAUGUAAGAUCGGAUACGCUACGGAAUCUGAUGGCACUAUAUAAAUAUAAUAAUAAUAAUAAUAAAUAAGUCAAACUGUAAAAAGUGAGCUGUACUUCCAGUUUGGUUACUCAGGGCUUAAAUGUGAAAUUCUCUUUGCAUUCUGUUAGAUUUCUCACUUGGUAAAUAACCUGUUAAUGUGACCGCUACACAGCCCCAAGAGGAGGCGGAAUCCAUCGUCCGCACUCAUUGUAUCACCUUUAUGGUGUUCGUCCUCACCCACUCUCCUUUUAGUUUCUCUCGUUUUUUGCCCUUUCUUUCUGUCUCUGUCUCUCCCUCUUUUUUUUUGUUUUCUUCCAGAAAAGGAAAGCAAGGAAAGGGCCUUAAACGAAAGCGCAAGAAAAUCCGGUACAAACCUCCACGCUUGUACGUUUGUAUCGUGUGCUCACUAAAAUUUAAAAUCAGGCACCCUCCCUCUGACUGCCAUGUGUCACGUCACCCAAAAUUUAAUCCCAUUAAUUUGCUUGUGGCUUGUUGGUCUCUGUUCACGUUUCGGGAAUCUGUAGUAGGUGUAAUGAGUGGAGUCUUAAUGUCAUCAUGAGAUUUCCAGUUUCUCCUCUCUACCUUCUGCCAGUAAACCUUCUCGUAUUCCAAGUGUGAGAAGUAAAAUCUCAGAAACAAACUAACCAAUCCAUUGACUAGUGCAGGGGAGUCAUACGGAGCCCCCGAUACUCUCCAAACACGCACCUCAAACCUUUGUGGGACCCCCAUUUCCAACAAUUACUGAUUUGUAAUGCUAUAUACGCAGCUUCCCAAACUUAAGGUCACCAAGUUUUGAUUUUGUUUAGAGGCACCUGAAAUAUAUCCUAGUUAUUCACUAAAGUGGGACUUGUUAAAAAUCAAAGUGAGUUUCACAGUUUAGUCUAAAGUCCUCCAAAUGGAAGCUUAGCUGGCUUUGAGAAUUUGUUUUAUAUUUUGAAAUUCGCUUUCCAUUCUCUUCAGAUUCCCAACAAUUCACACUUUUAGUAAAUAAUCCCAUAUAUUUUGCUGUCUCUAAAUUCACCACUAAUCGAAUUAACCCACAGCUGCUAGAGGAUAUUCAAUCAUUGACAGCAGACUGUCUCGUUACUGAAACUUGUUUGGAAAUAAUCGGAGCUCCUUUAGUACAUGUUUGGAUGCUCUGUAUCGCUCGAUGGUUGACUAAUAUUUUUGUGGUGAGAGAAGAAGUGCUUGAUGUGAUGGGGUGUCCUCCAUUUCCAUAACUUACGGAAUCUCAUGAUAACAUUGGGGUGCAGUGAGGUGACAUUGGCUUUCUGACAAUGUAAUUGGUGGUGGGUGUUCACUUAGUAAAUGAUACCUCCUGGCGUGUAUCUGCUGUUAUUAUUUAACAUUGCAUGCCAUCUCACUUUAAUGAGCCAUUAUAGCGUUUGACAGAUUUGUAAAUAUACAUGCAAGUGCUUUAAGAUAAUUUCAUCUGUACGAGGGGUUUUAGCAGGCUGGGGAAAGUUAUUUUCUUUGCACCCUUCACAUCCUGCGUGUCUUAAUGAACUCUGUUUCCCAGAAGAGUGAAACCGCGCCGUAAUUACGUUCUGUGAAAAGCAGUUUUUCUUUCAGUAGGUUACACAAUGUUUUUUUUAUUAUUGUUUUUAUGUCCGGGAGAAACUUGUAAUUUUAUUUUAGAGCUUCUCUGUAAUCGCUGAGCCACGCUGGCAGGGGAUGUACUAUUCAUAAAGCAUAACAGCAUGGACACCACAACUGAGCACCUCAGAGCAUGAUGGAAGCCAUUUUCACUUCUACACCAAUGGGAUCAAACUAUUCUCAAUGGCUACUGUUGACCAUCAGGGAGCCGGUACGGGUUCUGACAUUUAAAGGGACACUAUAAUCACCAAAACAACUACAGCUUAUUGAAUUUGUUCUGGUGAGUAGAAUUAUUCCCUUCAGGCUUUUUGCUGUAAACACUGUCUUUUCAGAGAAAAUGCAGUGUUUACAUUACAGCCUAGUGAUAACUUCACUGGCCACUCCUCAGAUGGCUGUUAGAGAUCCUUCCUGGGUCAUGGCUGCCUAAAAUGCAUCCAAACAUUCAGUGUCUCCUCCCUCUGCAUGCAGACACUGAACUUUCCUCAUAGAGAUACAUUGAUUCAAUUUAUCUCUAUGAGGAGAUGCUGAUUGGCAAGAGCUGUGUUUGAAUUGUGCUGGCUAUGCCCCUGAUCUGCUUCCUUGUCAGUCUCAGCCAAUCCUAUGGGGAAGCAUUGUGAUUGGAUCAGGCCACCAUUUCUGAUGAUGUCAGCAGACUGCUUGCUUUUUUUGAGGCAAACAGCAUGCAGAGUUACAGCUUCAGGCUUGAAUACAGUAAGAUUUUGCUAUAUUUAUGGAGGCAUGAGGGGCCCAGGGGGGCUAGAUAGUGGUUUUAACCCUAUAGGGUCAGGAAUACAUGUUUGUGUUCCCGACCCUAUAGUGCUCCUUUAAGAUGAUUUACAUUGUAUUCUAUUCCACGUGACGGUUCUACUAGUUAUCAGACACUGAAGGCCACAAUAGGACUGUUAGAACUUGCUAGGCAUCCCAGAAACUUAACACGAAGUAGUCAUUACUUCUCUUUGCAUUUAAUCUAAAAACAAAACAAAUUUUAAAAUGGUGCAGAGAAUGAGAUUGUAUCAAACCCCCACUAGUGAAAAGUCUCCAUUCGCCAAGUUUUCUGUUGAAUUCCCCGGGUAGCCAUAUAGAAGUAGUGCUUAUAAAGGCGGCUGUAUAUAAAAAUGGUCACAGUUUUUUUAUGUAUUAAGCUGCUACUCCACCCUUUAUACAUUGGGGACUCUUUUCCGCCCUUUUUGUAGUUUGAGAGAAUAUUUUGGGUACUUUCAGAAGUCACGACAAAUGCCUUAUUUUACAAGAUGAAUUGGCACAUGUGCAAUUUGAAGGAAAUGUUUAUAUAAAAAGAUUUUGAAAGCUACUUACCUUUCACCAAAAAACCCUCUUACAGUGACAAAUAAAAGGUUCGUUUUUUCUGUCUGCCAUAAAAAUUGCAGAUGAGAAAACGAAAUAUAGUGAAUAGUCUGAAAAUAAGUCUGCAUAAUUAGUCUGCCAUGUAAACGGGAGUGAAAGGAUGACCGGGAUUUUUACCGGAGUAGAGAGUGGGAACAGGAUAAAGCAUGGAGAGACCGUACUGUUCCCAUGUUCCGUCACUCCAUGUCUGAAUAUGGAAUCUAAUAAACUGGCCUUAAAUGUAGAAGGAAAAUCUAAACUCCAAUGUCUGCCAGUAACGAGAGAUUAAAUUGGUUUAGGAUUAGUACAGUGAGUGCACCUUUAAAGGACCACUAUAGUGCCAGGAAAACAUACUCGUUUUCCUGGCACUAUAGUGCCCUGAGGGUGCCCCCACCCUCAGGUUCCCCCUCCCGCCGGGCUCUGGGGAGAGGAAGGGGUUAAACUUACCUUUUCUCCAGCGCCGGGCAGGAAGCUCUCCUCCUCCUCGUCGGCUGAAUGUGCAUGCGCGGCAGGAGCUGCCUGCGCAUUCAGCCAGUCUCAUAGGAAAGCAUUCAUAAUGCUUUUCACAGUGAGAAGCACGCAAGCGCCUCUAGCGGCUGUCAAUGAGACAGCCACUAGAGGCUUUAGAGGCUGGAUUAACCCAUUUAUAAACAUAGCAGUUUCUCAGAAACUAUGUUUAUAAAAAAAAUGGUUAAUCCUAGAGGGACCUGGCACCCCGACCACUUCAUUAAGCUGAAGUGGUCUGGGUGCCUAGAGUGGUCCUUUAAUGCAUCAUCGAUAUUUAACCAUUUAAGUCAUCACAAGUGCACUGCAUCAAGUACUAAUAUAGAGAGGGAACAUAUACCCCAAAGUACAAUGUAUGUGUUUCUGAAUCCAAUUGGAUGUACGCAGUCGCAAUAUGUCCUCUAACCAUGCUCUAAUUAAACAAAGCUGACAGAACAGGCAAUGGCAGUUCUUGUUUGCGCUAUUAUUCCAGACUACCAGCCAUAGUUUGAUACUGCAGCAACAUCCCACUUACCUUUUACCUACAGUACCAGAACAUUGCAACUGCUCACAUCUGUUAAUGGUAAUUAUCCACAUAUAUCUUCCCUUUAAAUCUUUUACUGGUGCUGGGAUUGUCCCCCUUUCCUUUUUGUUUCUACUAACUGAGCACAGCUUAUUAAGUAUUUUAUUAUUCAUUGUUCACCUUUGCUUCAUAUGCAGAGUCUCCAGGACCACAGAGAAUUAACCCCUUCAUAACAAACGGCCAGGAUUGUCCAUUUAUAUUAUGAGGAGCUUAGUGUGUCACCUGUUGUGAAGGGUUUAAAUUUCAAGUUUCUCUUCUAUGGACAAUCAUUUAUUUGUACGGCACCCCCACAACCCCUGUGAUUUUGAAAAGUUUUGAUAUAAAUUCCCAGACCUUGAGCAAUAUUAAGCUGUCAUGAACCAGUAGUGAUCUAAACUUGGCAUUGCAGAGAGCCGUGAACAAAGGCUGGCUGAGAAUCCUGGGAAUUGCAAUUAGGCUAGCAUGGCUGCUUCCACACAGAGGGUUACAUUUAAUCCAAACUGCAUUCUGUUAUAAGAGAUAUACAGAACUGAGUGCUUCCCAGUGCUAUCUCUUCUAACAGAAUCUGGCCCUUUCCUGGGUAUUUCAUCCUCACAAGGAAAAUCACUGCCCCAGCUGCUGAAACUCUGCUACAGAACAAUUAUUUAUAUCGCAUGAUCAGAAAAAGAAUUAAAAUUAGCAAUUCUACUCAAAGGAUUUUCAUAUGGGUGACUUUAGUAUUGAAUUCUGUAACAAAAUGAAGCUACUUUAGGAAUUAUUCACACGGUUUGUCUGGUGAAGUUCUUUUGCUUUUGUCUUGUUGUUCAUUUCAUGCUAUUUUCUUUAUUUUCAAUCAUGAAAUUCUGCAUUUGGAAAGCUUUAUAAAUUCCGUCAGGAAGGAUUUCCUUUUAUUAAAUGCUUUAACGAACCAGAUACCAAGUUUGAUUAUUCUAAAAGAACGGUCUGGCAAUAUGCUCUGCAUCAUUUUCUCGUAGAACAGCUGUAUUAAUCCAGCGCUGUCUGAGCCUGUCCUGAUAAUGUGCAGUCAUUAUAUUAGAUAUAAACCCAGCACUGUCUGAGCCUGUCCUGAUAACGUGCUGUCAUUACAUUAGAUAUAAACCCAGCGCUGUCUGAGCCUGUCCUGAUAACGUGCAGUCAUUACAUUAGAUAUAAACCCAGCGCUGUCUGAGCCUGUCCUGAUAACGUGCAGUCAUUACAUUAGAUAUAAACCCAGCGCUGUCUGAGCCUGUCCUGAUAACGUGCUGUCAGAUCCCCUACAUUAGAUAUAAACCCAGCGCUGUCUGAGCCUGUCCUGAUAACGUGCUGUCAUUACAUUAGAUAUAAACCCAGCACUGUCUGAGCCUGUCCUGAUAACGUGCUGUCAUUACAUUAGAUAUAAACCCAGCGCUGUCUGAGCCUGUCCUGAUAACGUGCGGUCAUUACAUUAGAUAUAAACCCAGCGCUGUCUGAGCCUGUCCUGAUAACGUACAGUCAUUACAUUAGAUAUAAACCCAGCCCUGUCUGAGCCUGUCCUGAUGGUUUCAUUUUUUUUCUCUCCAAAUGCAGAGUUUUAGCUCUGUCUGCUUUACUUUGCUCUGUCUAUAUCCUUUUACAGAGAACUGAGAUUGGGAGCUCUAUAGAUGUCUCAGAUAACAGGGUCUGUAAGGACAUGACUUCCAGCCUCUAUUCUAAAUACAAUAUAUAGAAACCCCAUUGUUUUCUGGACGUAAUGAUCCUUAGUUUCGAAGCUGGGGGUCAUUUCAUUCAAGACUAUUAAGGGUUUAUGGGGAACGGUUACUCAUAGGACAUCACGAUCCAGGGUGACACAUAUCUACUAUUGUAACUUGUUUUCUACAUGACAUGUUCUGCACCGUAUGACUCCUCUAUGUGUGGUUACCCAGGGCGGUUCGGGAGUAUAUACCUGCACCGAAUGACUCCUCUAUGUGUGGUCACCCAGGGCUGUUCGGGAGUAUAUACCUGCACCAAAUGACUCCUCUAUGUGUGGUCACCCAGGGCGGUUCGGGAGUAUAUACCUGCACCGUAUGACUCCUCUGUGUGGUCACCCUGGGCUGUUCGGGAGUAAAUACCUGCACCGUAUGACUCCUCUUUGUGUGGUCACCCAGGGUUGUUCGGGAGGGAGGGUGGGUAGAGGCUUCUGAUGUGUUCUUCAGUAAUGCAUGAUGACGUUUCUCUUGCUGAUGCGCUAGCUUAGUUCUCUCUUUUUUCCUUUUUGCUUUUUGCAGUCAUUGUGAGCCUUGCAAAGAGAGGAGAAAACACAUGUUUGUCCAAGACCCCCUGACCUGUAAAUGUUCCUGUAAAUACACAGACUCACGUUGCAAAACGAGGCAGCUUGAGUUAAACGAAAGGACUUGCAGGUUGGUUUUCCACACACCUGGGAAAUAUGCAAAUUCAGUCACUAAACGCAGUGCUACGAGAGUGGCAGCUUCCUGCUCAUCCCUGCUUGAACCUCUCUUUAUGGACAACUUUUCUGUACAGGCUGAACACUUGUUUCUCACUGUUUCUCUCCGUUGGUCUUUUAAUAUGUAAACCACAAGAAAUGAAAUUGUUCUUAUGUAUUGUAAUUGAGCUGAUCUGUGCACACACAAAGCCUAUUCUCAGCUUUAUGUUGUUUCUGAACGUGAGUGGCAAGACACGUUUACCCGACAUUAAGCAGCAGUUGUUGAGUGUAGCUUCCUAUUAGAAGUAAAUGCUCGAGCACCAUGUACAGAGUGAUUAUGUAAAGAAGCUCUGUAGAAAAAAGCAGACUGCUUUUUAAUUCAUUGCUAUAUCAUGAGUUGUUACAAUGAAAUGAGUGGAACAGACAGAAGGCUUCAUUCAUGGUUUGUAGUUGUCCAGGAAAUGAGUGGAACAGACAGAGGGUUUCAUUCAUGGUUUGUAGAUGGCCAGGAAAUAAGUGGAACAGACAGAGGGCUUCGUUCAUGGUUUUGUAGAUGGCCAGGAUACAAGUGGAACAGGCAGAGGGCUUCAUUCAUGGUUUUGUAGAUGGCCAGGAUACAAGUGGAACAGGCAGAGGGCUUCAUUCAUGGUUUUGUAGAUGGCCAGGAACAGACAGAGGGCUUCAUUCAUGGUUUUGUAGAUGGCCAGAAAACGAAUGGAACAGACAGAGGGCUUCAUUCAUGGUUUUGUAGAUGGCCAGGAAUAGGCAGAGGGCUUCAUUUAUGGUUUUGUAGAUGGCCAGAAACAGACAGAGGGCUUUAUUCAUGGUUUCUAGAUAGCCAGGAAACGAGUGGAACAGACAGAGGGCUUCACUCAUGGUUUUGUAGAUGGCCAGGAACAGACAGAGGGCUUUAUUCAUGGUUUCUAGAUAGCCAGGAAACAAGUGGAACAGACAGAGGGCUUCACUCGUGGUUUUGUAGAUGGCCAGGAACAGACAGAGGGCUUUAUUGAUGGUUUCUAGAUAGCCAGGAAACGAGUGGAACAGACAGAGGGCUUCAUUCAUGAUUUUGUAGAUGGCCAGGAAACGAGUGGAACAGACAGAGGGCUUCACUCGUGGUUUUGUAGAUGGCCAUGAACAGACAGAUGUCUUCAUUCAUGUAUUUGUAGAAGACCAGGAACAGACAGAGAUCUUCAUUCAUGGGUUUGUAGAUGGCCCGUAACAGAGUGGAAUAGAGAGAGGACGUCGUUCAUGAGUUUGUCAGUAGUCAGGGACAGAGUAGGACAGUCUGAUCUCUAAAUGCAUGUGUUUGUAGAUGGCAUAAAACGAAUAAGGACACAGAAAGAUCUUUAUGAAUGGACUUAAAGAUGGUCUGGAGCAGAGUAGGACAGCCCAAGCAUUUAUGGAUGGAUUUGUAGAUGAUUUAAUAGAGAGUACAACAGAUGGAGAUCUUUACGAUUUUGGAUUUGUAUAUAAUUUAAGAUAGAGUAGCUAGAAAUGUCUAUGAAUGGAUUUGUAGAUAGUCUGAGAUAGACUAGGACAGCCUGAGAUUUUCAUGCAUGGAUUUCAUAUCACACAUGAGCAGUGCAAUUGUUCCUGACUUGUGGAUUGGUAAAUGGCAAUGAAUACGAAGGUCUAUCAGAGCUCAUUAUACAUGGAUUUGUGAGUAAACUUGGGUGAUGAGAAUGGCAAAAUGCGUACACAGGGAGCACAAUUAGAGCAGUGUGUUGUCUUUCACUAGGAGAGACACGAAGCCUAGAGCAGUGCAACCACAUGGGGGCCCCUCUAUCUGCUGACCUCGCUCACUAACACGCGCUCUGCCACCUCUAUACAGCAAAGUAAGUUACCCCAAGUAACACUUGUCUUUUCCCAAACUCUUAUCAACCUAUGUCCACCUCUGGGACACUCACUUUCUCAAAUGCUUUUGAAAGCAGCUGAUGUUUUCUAUUUAGUACUGCCAUUUAAAGUGUUUAACCUUGUCCAGGGGAAUUGCAGUCUGGUUGGGGGAAUGGUGUCUAGUACAUGAAACUUUUUUGUGGUGUUUAUAAACUUAAACUACCAUCAACCAAAGACAAACUCAACAAGCAGAUGGCCUCGUUUGUCCUUAGUUUAUAGUUUGUAUCCCAAAAAUAGCCUGAAAAGGCCACAUUGUAGCAUGACAUAGAAACGAUUACCACAUUUAGAUUGUGAAUUACAGAUUACGCAGUACCCCUGGCAAAGUUUGAUGCAGACACGUAGUUUGCAUUCAGCCUCCAGACAAGGUGUCCAAGCAGAUCCAGUGUCCACAACCUGUCUGACACCACAACAUUCACUUUUAUCCCAACCACAUUCUAUAGUGUUUACAUUGGGGAGAAUAGUGUAAAACAGUAACUCUAGAAAAAGAGAGGAAAUAUUUUUUUUUUGUUUUUUAUUUUUAAACUGUUUCCUUUUUCCCCCCUAAAUUUUACUCAGAUGUGAAAAACCACGACGGUGAGAAAUGGAGCCAGUCUCCCUGCGAGAGACAAGACGGAUUCUAAAUGAAGGAUUAAACUCAGCACAGCACUUUGGUUUUAAGCAUUCCGCGAAGAGGGAGCGAAUGUAUAUACCAUUACAAAACCAUCUCUCCUUCUCUUUAUCAAAUUUUAUGCUGCUAAACACCCAAGAGCCACAAACACCAGGGGUCAUAUAUAUAUCUAUAAAAAUAAUGAUGUUUGUAUUUUUUUGGUGUAGGAAAAAUCCUACAAAUAUAUAUUAUUAUUAUUAUUAUUAUUAUAUUAUUAUAUUAUUAUUAUUCGAAGUGAUUAUGGAUAGCAAUAUAUAAAUGUGUAUAUAUAUGUAUAUAUAUAUAUAUAUAUAUAUGUGUGUGUGUGUGUGUCUCUAUAUACAUACAUACAUAUAUAUAUAUUUUUUUUAUUAACACGAUAAGUAUACUUUCUGGAGUCUUGUGGCCAAUACUGAACUCUGGUUGUUAUUUUUUUUUAUAAACUGACAUGUGGGGUUUAGCUGUGAGUUUAACGUCUAAUAUUAUUAACUUUCCUGUAUGGAUGUUUGGGAUAUAUUUACUGUCACUAUCUACGCUAAACCCACAUCUUACGAAAAAAAAGUAAAAGGUCAAAGCAGCACUGCUGAGAAUGUUUGGAAAUCUUCAGAUUCCAUCCUUCAGAAAAAGAGAGAUCCUGCGCCAGCAUCCAAGGUGCAGGAAGAGGUUUUGUCAUGCCAAUCCUACUGUGUGUUUUGGAGAAAGACUGAUGGACAUUAACUGACUGUUAAAGCACAGAAGUGUUUAUAAAAGGUGACAUCAUUCAGCACGAUGGCUGCACGAGAUAGAAAGGUGUAUUAUCCCAUGGACUUUCCCUUCGUCUACGCUUCAAAACAAGCCAUAAAAAAAGAAAAAAGGAAAAAAAAAAAACUUGUUAAUAUAUGUGACCUCUUGGCUCCAUUUUACCAGACAUGUGCUGGGCCAGUAAAGAUCUGUUAUCUGUGGUCUUAACUAAAUGUCCAAGUUUUCAAAGAAGCAAUUGGUGUGGACCAAAUGAAGAACCGUCAACUCGUGGAGUGUGAUAGAACUCUGGAGAUAAUUCUUAGAGACUGGUGUCCUUCCAGUGACCAAGACUCGUGUCAAGUCAAUGGAACUGCGUUGUAAAUUGAGUUACUACUCACCCAGUGAGGAAGACUCACUCAUAAUGAGUGGAAAUGCUACAAUAUAAGUAAGAAUCACUCAUACUGAGUGAGGCUUGCUUUUCGAUUGACUAAUUGUUUAUGUUGAGUGAGACUGCCUUCCAGUGAGUUCAGGCUCGCCACCCUCGUAUGAGAGGUGCCAAAAAUGUAAUCUAUAAAUACAAUCACAGAACCAGGACUGGCUCAGCCUGUCUGAGAAUCUGAAGCUAGCUGGUCCCACCACCCAGUUAACCCAACUAAGAUACAGAGUGAUGCUCUCAAUGUAAACAUAUAAAUUAUUGAGCUGAGGAUUCCUGUUUUCUGCUGUCACUGGAGUCUCGGAAAUAUAUUCACUGUAACCUUUUGCAUGUGUAACUCAUGUAUACAGACACACACAUCUGUUGAGGAUAUCCUAUUACACAUUCAAUACCCCGUGGCUCUGAACAUCCCUAAACCCACACCUCUGUCUUCUACACAGUGGCCAAGGGUUGGGGUGCAGGUUCACCUUGACAUUACACAAAUGUGAUAAAGCACCUUGUACUCUUAACCCCGUCUCCCAGAAGGUCAGAUGCACUGUACAAUAAGAAAUACAUUCAAAAUAACGGCUUUUAGUGCCGAAUUAGUCAAUUAUCCUGACGGAAUAGAAGGGUUAAUCCCCCUCUGGGGGAGUUGGCUCCUUUGCUGCUAGACUGAGUUACAGGGGAAAACCAUGUCUGGCUGUAGGUCUGUAGUCCGAAAAGGAUUCCCUCCCCUCCCCCCCAUUUCAGCAAGUGAAAUGAAUCAGUAUUAACCCUACUAAUGCUGGGUUGUCUGCAAUGCAUUGCUUCGUGGCAGUGAAGGGGUUAUGAGCCGUAAACAUCCCUACACUGCCUCUUUUUGCCAGUCUCCCCAUAAAUAGGGCGAUUAAUGGACAGCAAUGUGCUUCCUAUCGUAGACUAGAAAUAUUGGGUCCUUGCAGAACCUACAUGCAGCUUCAUGGCAUGUCCCCUCUGUACCUUGUAUUGUUUGGUGCCAAACUCGUAAUAUUGAAUUAUUCUUGCUAAACCCACCUAAUAAAAUCCCUAAAACCUUACGAAGUGCCUUCUUGGAAUGGAGGAGUUAAAGCUGUUCUUUCCUGAAUCUAUAAACAAAUCCCCUCCUAUGAUGUAUUUAGAUGGACAUUUCACUUCCAAGCACCUUGCUACAACUUACUGGCGUUGAAGGGGUUAAUGUCACUCAGAUCCUUCCAAAAUCUGAAGCUGUUUAGGCGGUUAGGGGUACGCGCACAUCUAUCAAAGCAUACAGACAUACAUGACUAUUUUAGUCUCACAUGUAACUUAUAUAUCCCAACAGCUAAUUCCUGCAGAUCUUUGUAUGUGUAUAUAUAUAUAUAUAUAGAUGUACGCAUUAUAUAUGUAUACCUACUGAGAUGUAUCUGUAAAGACACUGUGUGUGAAUGUAUGUAUGCAGAGGUGCAGAAGCUGCAUUGCAUUUUUUUAAUCUCUAUUUUGUUCCAUUUUAAUUUUAAAGAAUCGAGGAGGGCUUAGUGUUUGUUUUUAUUUAAAUUUCACAUUAUUUAUAAAACAAAUACAUGAAUUGUUCAAUGUUGCAUCUCUUCUCUGUAGUGGUCUCUUAAUUUCUCGAUUGCUCCACAAGCCUGUAGAGAGUAAUUUGGGGGGAAGGUAGUUACUGGGUUGUCUAUAAGUGAAGCUAACUUAAGCUGUUGACACUGGGUGCCUCAGUCGAAUUGGUAUCUUGAAUACAAUAUGUUUCGAAGUUGACGUGUACCUUUAUAUCAGAGUUUUGUUAAUUUCUUAUAUUAUUGUUUAAUUCUCAAUUUAAAAGAAAAAACAUGCUGUGUUUUUGACUAUACAAAUAUUUUAGUGAGACUAAUACAUUGCACCUUUUGAGGCCUUUUGUCUGCUAAAGCGGUAGUGCUGUCCUUUCAAAAUGGCCUUUCAGUCCUUUAUCCUCCCGCACCCCUAAAUAGGAACCCCUAUUAACCACACUAGUGUAUAACCAAAAAUAAUACCACUAACUUAUCUGAGGCUGUUUCUUAAUCCAUAAGUCCCGAUUUCCUGGAAACCACCCCCCACUCUGUGGCUUGGUGAAUGCACAUAUCCUAGGUCUACACAUAAAGUAUUUAUAGCGGCUUCUUUCAUGGGAAAGGGAGGAGUUGCCAUGUUUGAAUCCAGCCACUGGUGGAUUGUCGAGUAUUAGAAUUUUUUAUUUUUUUCUUGCGGUAACCCCUAUGUUCACAUCUGUAUGUUUGCAGAUCCUUUAGUCGCACUGACAAAAUAGAACGAUGAAAAUAAAAUGAUUGCCUGCUACAGACAUACGGCAGAAGGCUAAACCGAUUAGGGGAGUGGGGAUAUUUAUUUAUUUAUUUUUUGCUUCGUUGAUUUUGAUACUGUUGAUUAAAAGUAACUUGACAGACAGACUCUAAUAAAAUACUACAAAUAAAACAGCAUUGUAUUACCACUGAAUCCCAAUCGUACACAGUUAGACACUACAUACAUACAUUUAAUGCACCCCAAACUGUGAGUUACACGAAAUGCUGGGGGAGGCAGAAAUGUCUACAAUUAAAUGUUCACUUGAAUUCAUGUUUCAAGUUUUCUUUCCAAACUCAAUCCUCUAAUAUUUAGAGUGCCAAAGACAUUGCUUACUCUCUCCGGGACUGAUGUGGGUCAGUGACCUUGAGAUACACCUCCAAGGUCAACUCUGGGGAAGAACGCUGUUACGGACUUUGCGUGCAGCGGGUCAAAGACAAUGAUGAGGUGUCAAUUGUAGUCUUUCCACUGGAGUGUGAAGAUGAAAUGUGUUGCUUUGUAAGGGAAGGUUUGCUAUGCUUGUCCUCUGAGAGUAGCCUUAUAUCACAUUCUCACAACCUGUUUAAAGCCUUGUACAUCACAUGGCAAAACUUGUCAUGUGCAGUAUUAAUAAAGAACCCAGAUCCCGAGGCUGGACCUCCCCAUCAUAAACAGCCUGGGAAUACACCCUUAACCUCUGUUAGAUGAUUAACCUUGGUUUUCGUUACUUACUGGAGGAAAGGACAAGGUAUUGCUUUCCCAUGUAAGUUGUUUUUUGGAAAACAAUUAUAAUUGAGUUUAUUAAAAGAAAUGGGAAGUGUCUUUCUCCAGAAUUGACUGGUUGGCCUUGCUUGACCAUUGCACCGUUGCUUAAGCAUGACCAUUUCAUCUCCACGUUUUCAUGUUGAUUUCUGGAACAGUGCUUUAAAAAUCAUUGACAAUAUAAAGUGUGUGAUCCUAUAUCUGCUCUUACCUCAUAACAAGCUACAUAACCCUCUCAAUGCCCCCCCUCCCCCCCCUUCUUCCCAUCUCAUUCUCGCUUUCUAGUCAUUUAAGAUAUUAUACUCCACUUCUUCAAAUUUUCCUGAAUCCUCUUGUGAUCAGAAUCCUUCCACCUGUGGAUCUGUUGAUUUUGACCACAGGGCUUAUUUUGAAUUGAAGCACUGAUCUUGAUAUCACCAGUGAAUGAAUUAGACCUCACCCCAUCUUGUGUGGUGUUAUUAAUAAUAAUUACAAUUUGGUUUUCUUCCGAUGUCCUAAAGAUUUUCACAUUUAAUAUUAACAGAGGAUACGCUUUGUCGUGUUAACGUACGAGCUUGCUCACAGUUGAAUGUCAUCUGUACGAUGUGAGUAAACAGAAGUGUUAAUACAUUCUCGUCUGGGUUUUGCUGCAUAUUGACAAUUUUACCACUAUUUUAAUAGAAAAUAUAUAUUCGCCAUGAAGCCAUUAACUCAGUCCGUGGCACAGGGGCUUUGUACUCAAAACUUCUUGCACCUGAGGAUUAAUAUAUGUAUAUUUCUGUAUUAAAUGAUAUUUUUUUUCUCUUUUUGUAAAUAAUGUUUUUAAAAAGAAAAAAAACAGUUAUACCCUAACAAAUCAUCUUCUUUUUUUUUUAUUGUAAUAUUUGUUUCUUUUAUUUAUUGGUGCUAUAAUUUGUAAUUGUUUCAAAACACACAUCAUUAACACACUUCUAUUCAGAUAAAAUAUUAUGUAGAAACCAUAUUUAUUUUUAAAAAAGCAUAAAUAUAUAAUUCAAAAUGUCCGUGUUUGCCUUUGUUUUUAUUAAAUAAAUAAAUUGUGGAGUAUGCACAGUGAGUGUAUAAACCAUUUGAUUUAUAAGACAUCACACAAAAUGACUUCCAAAUGUACGCUACACAUGCAC